UCGAGCGCCAUCUCGUGUUCGGUUAUCGCUGGUGUUGCCUGCUGCAGCUGCAUGACAGAAAUGAUAGAAUAAGGAACGAAGUUCUCGAUCUAACAAAGUAACAAGGUUGCUGAGAAAUUCAUCUCUCAAUAGACUGUGGGAAUAGAAUAGAAUUGAUAUUAUCAGCUUUCAUCCAGUCAUCAUUCCAAUGAUAUUUUUAUCUGUUGGAAGCAGAAGUUUGGCCAGAUACACCUUCCAUCACUAUCCUGUUAUACCAAAUAUCUAUACAACAGCCAAACAGGUUUGGACGAAAUCUGGAGAGGUUUCCCAACCAAUAAAACUAUUCCAUAGUCAUAGAGUAAUGCUAUGCCCUGUAAUUGGCAUGUCUCGAGAGGGAGAUAAAGAAGAGCCUGCGAUCGUUGAGGAAGGGAAAGCUCGGAUUGUUUUCCCGAACCCUAACGAGGUGUUUUACAAUCCCGCACAAGUCAUCAAUCGGGAUCUGAGUCUUGCUGUCACUGGAUUGUUUGUAGAGGAUUUCUUGCAGGGAAAAGGGUUGAAAGUUUCUUAUGACUAUCAAGAUGAAAUCAAAGAAGCAGAUGACAGUCAAGAAAAGACUGUAUUAGAGAAUACUGUUUGUUAUCCUGGUAAAAUAUGUGAGGAAGGGAUCACAUUCUUAGAAGCUCUAUCAGCUUCUGGUCUUAGGUCUGUCAGAAUUGCUAAAGAAGUUCCUGGGAUCAAGAGAGUGGUAGCCAAUGAUUUCUCAGAGGAUGCUGUCAGGGAUAUAGAAAGGAACAUUCAGUUCAACAACGUUGAAGAUCUGGUAGAAGCCAGUCACUCAGAUGCAUCGAUUCUCAUGUACAAACAUCGUUUCAAGGAUUCUUUCAACGUGGUUGACCUUGAUCCGUACGGCAGUGCUGCUCAGUUCUUAGAUUCCGGUGUCCAAGCCGUACGUAAUGGCGGUCUACUGUGUGUCACCUGUACUGAUAUGGCUGUGCUGUGUGGUAAUCAUGGCCAUGCGUGCUUCGCCAAGUAUGGAGCCAUGGCUUUGAAGACUAAGUACUGCAAUGAGAUGGCACUGAGAAUACUUCUACAGUGCAUUGAAACACAAGCCAAUCGCUACAAUCGUUACAUUGUUCCAGUUCUUUCAGUCGCUGUGGAUUUUUAUGUGAGAGUUUUUGUUAGGGUUCAUAUCAGUCAAUCUAAAGUCAAGUACUCACCAAGCAAGAAAGCACUCGUUUAUCACUGUAGUGGAUGUGGUACCUUCAACCUUCAGAGAUUAGGCAAAGUCACCUACAAAGACAAGAAUCCCAAUCCAUUCUUCCAGCCAGCUACUGGCCCGCCUGUAGAUAGAGCAUGUGAACAUUGUGGUUCAACAUUUCAUGUAGGCGGACCAAUAUGGGUUGACCCCAUUCACAAUGUAGACUUUGUGAAGCGUCUUAUAACACACAUUGACACGCAUCCUCAUAGAUUCAAAUACAAAGACAGAAUGAAAGGCAUGAUGACUGUAGUCAGUGAGGAACUGUCAGACUGCCCUCUAUAUUAUAUAACAAGCCAUCUUUGUAAUGUACUACACUGCGAAUGUCCUUCUCAAGAGAAGAUUAGAUCAGCCAUCUUGAAUGCUGGGUACCGUGUCUCUAUCUCGCAUGCAUCAGCCGAGGCUCUGAAGACAGACGCUCCGGCAUCCGUUAUUUGGGACAUAUUCAGAGCGUGGGUAAAAGAUCACCCUGUGAGUGAGAAGCGCCUUGCAGCCAGCAGCCCCGCUUCAUCCAUCCUCAGCAAAGAACCAACCAUCACAGUGAACUUUGACCCUCAUCCGGAUGCUAUCCCUAAGUCAAGGCAGCUGGUUAGGUUUCCAGAGAACCCACAGGCCAACUGGGGACCAAAGGCUAGAGCCAAGAUGAUGGCAGGAGACGAAACAUUGGAGGAGAAGAGAAAAAGGCUUCAAGGAAAACGAUCGAAAAGGAAACGAGAUGAGUCUUCAGAUGAUGGAGAGAAACAGUUAAAGAUGGCUACUCCAGAACAAGGGGAUUCUAACCAGUCAGAAAUGAGAUGACAUCUGUUGAUGUACUUCAUUGGCUUUUAACAUUCAGAGCACUUACCAGCAAGGAUACCCAUACAGAUUCCACUAUUAUGUCUCAACCAAACAUUGUACAAGAGACAGAGGGUUGUAAAUGCUGUUUAUGCUGAGAGGAGGAGGAUAGCAAGACUCACUACCUUGUUCAGAGAGGGCCAUCUUUCCAUUCCAGGACUCCAGGGGGGGGGGGGUGUUUCACAAGAUUUAAGUAUAACUUAGAGUCG